GAUGAGGAGACUGUAGCCGAUCAAGAAAUGGAUGUUAGCGACAUCCCUGAGCCAACAGUGAGGAAAAAGCAGCCAAGAAAGAAGUCGGUGAAAGCGAAAGGCCUCCAGCCAAUGUCGGACAAUGAUCCCAACCCUCCAUCCGUGUACCAGCCAGACUACCCUCCAGAUGAAGACGGAUGGACUAGAGCCCUGAGCGACCGCAACAUCCACCACUUCAGAGGGCCAGCACCACCCGGCCCUACAUUCCAUCGGGGGGUAUCACCCCUCCACUACUUCCUCAGGUUUUUCCCACUCAUGCUGUUGGCCAAAAUGGUGGACUGGACAAACCAGAAGCUGCGUACAGCUGGCCAAAAACUGACAUCCCUAGCUGAGAUGAGAGCGUUCAUUGGCAUGCAACUUCUAAUGGGCAUUGUGAAGGUGUCCAGCUACCAACACUACUGGUCUACCCAUCCUGGCCUUCACAGCAAGCUAAUCAGCACAACCAUGACCAGGAAUCGGUUCGAUCAGCUAAAUCAAUCCUGGAGCUGCAACGAUCCUGGGAAACACCCACAGAAAAUACAAGACAAAGGGCGCCGCUUCAUGUACAUGAAGGCCAAUCCCUUGUACCUGUUACAACCCAUAUGGGAUGAGGUCAGGAAGCGAUGCCUACAAAAGUACUAUCCACGAAAUGGUCUUUUGAUUGACGAAGCCAUGAUCAAGUAUCGUGCCAAUGUAAAGAAAUUCUAUACGCCACUUAAGCCUAUAAGAGCUGGCUUCAAGGUCUAUCCUUUGGCAGAAGCAUCCACCGGCUUCAUGAUAAAUUUCAAAGUGCAUCCCUCGGAGAAACUACCAUGUCAGGGAUAGUGACCUCCCUCAUGAAGCACCAC